UCCUAACCGAACUAUAUAACAUCUUUAAAUCCAACAUGCUCAAUCAACAAGUUAGGCAAAACCACAAAAAGAGUACAAAGUUUGGUAACAUUAAGACUUUGGUAAAAUAGUACGAAGUUUCAAAUUGCGUUUGUAUUUAUUAUUCCUGCCCCCAUUUGCGGGUUCAACACGCCCAGAUUCUUGAUUUUGUGUUCCUCUUGAAUAGGCUUGAGUAUUCAGAAACUUUGUAUUUUACCACCCAAUGGAACACAGUUUCAGAUUACCAGUUUUCUUCUUGUUAUGUGCCUCUAUAGCGUUCAGUGCAGAAUCCAAGUGUAGCAGGGGUUGUGAUUUAGCUCUAGCUUCCUACUAUCUAUCACAAGGUGACUUGACAUAUGUAUCAAAGCUUAUGGAAUCUGAGGUUGUUUCAAAACCUGAAGAUAUUCUCAGCUACAACACUGACACCAUAACAAACAAAGACCUGUUGCCUGCCUCUAUCAGAGUGAACGUUCCAUUCCCUUGUGACUGCAUUGAUGAAGAGUUUCUUGGCCAUACUUUUCAAUACAACCUUACAACAGGAGACACUUAUUUGUCCAUUGCCACUCAGAACUACUCUAAUUUGACCACUGCUGAGUGGUUGCGGAGCUUCAACAGAUAUUUACCAGCUAAUAUUCCUGAUAGUGGGACUCUUAAUGUCACCAUUAACUGUUCCUGUGGGAAUAGUGAAGUUUCCAAGGAUUAUGGAUUGUUCAUCACGUACCCUCUUAGACCUGAGGAUUCUUUGCAGUCGAUUGCCAACGAGACUGGCGUUGAUCGUGACUUGCUGGUUAAGUACAACCCGGGUGUAAAUUUUAGCCAAGGGAGUGGUCUGGUUUAUAUUCCAGGAAAAGACCAAAAUGCUAUCUAUGUGCCCCUUCAUCUAAGCUCUGGAGGUCUUGCGGGUGGUGUUAUUGCUGGAAUAUCUAUUGGAGUAGUAACAGGACUUCUGCUAUUGGCAUUUUGUGUGUAUGUUACAUAUUACCGAAGAAAGAAGGUAUGGAAGAAGGAUUUGCUCUCAGAAGAAUCCAGGAAGAACUCUGCUAGAGUUAAGAAUGUCCCUCUUUCAGAUGAAGCCUCUGGUGAUUCGGCUGCAGAAGGUGGUACUAACACCAUUGGCAUUAGGGUGAACAAAUCAGCAGAGUUUUCAUAUGAGGAACUAGCCAAUGCCACAAAUAACUUCAGUUUGGCUAAUAAAAUUGGUCAAGGUGGUUUUGGGGUAGUCUAUUAUGCAGAGCUGAAUGGAGAGAAAGCUGCAAUAAAAAAGAUGGACAUACAAGCAACAAGAGAAUUUCUUGCGGAAUUGAAAGUGUUGACACAUGUUCAUCACUUGAACCUGGUGCGCUUGAUUGGAUAUUGUGUUGAGGGCUCCCUUUUUCUUGUCUAUGAGUACAUUGAGAAUGGCAACUUAGGACAACAUCUACGUAAAUCAGGUUUCAAUCCUUUGCCAUGGUCUACCCGAGUUCAAAUUGCUCUGGAUUCAGCCAGAGGUCUUCAAUACAUUCAUGAGCAUACGGUACCUGUAUAUAUCCAUCGUGACAUAAAGUCGGAAAACAUUUUAAUAGACAAAAACUUCGGUGCAAAGGUUGCAGACUUUGGAUUAACCAAGUUGAUUGAUGUUGGAAGUUCAUCACUUCCCACUGUUAAUAUGAAGGGCACAUUUGGUUACAUGCCACCAGAAUAUGCAUAUGGCAAUGUUUCUCCCAAAAUAGAUGUCUAUGCUUUUGGAGUUGUUCUUUAUGAACUAAUUUCUGGUAAAGAAGCAUUGAGCAGAGGUGGUGUCUCUGGUGCUGAACUAAAGGGCCUUGUAUCUUUGUUUGAUGAAGUAUUUGAUCAGCAAGAUACCACAGAAGGUCUUAAAAAACUGGUGGAUCCUAGGCUUGGAGAUAACUACCCAAUUGAUUCAGUUUGCAAGAUGGCACAACUUGCUAGAGCAUGCACAGAGAGCGAUCCACAACAACGUCCAAAUAUGAGUUCUGUUGUGGUUACUCUCACAGCACUUACUUCAACUACUGAGGAUUGGGAUAUUGCUUCCAUCAUUGAAAAUCCAACUCUUGCAAAUCUAAUGUCUGGUAAAUAAGAAAAGGAAUGUAGAAUACAACUGUUACCAUUUUUUUUAUUUUUACAAUGGUGUAGUGAAAUUCGAACCUAUGAACUAUGCAUACUAUAAGGCCGACUUUAGUGAUUUACCGUACACAUGUUACCAUUUAAUUCUUCUGUUGCAAAACAAAUUUAUGAUAUGCCACCAAAAAAAGAAAACAAAUAUGCACCAAGUUCUAUUGCUUGUAGUCUGAUUUGCAACUAAGGGAUUCUUUUGUAUCAGUAAACAAACUCCGUUUCUUCA